AUAAUAGAUUCUUCGUUGUAUUAUCACUUCGCUUUUAAAUAACCGCGGUUUUGUAGACAGCUUUUGACUCCACAAUAGUUAUUAAAUAUACUUGCAUCACACCUAAUGUUGCCCACAUUGUUUUAAUGAGGUCAAAACCUAUUAAAGUUAUGGUACUGACUAUGCACCGGCCGGAUAGUGAGCGUGGGCGUCCAUUAAUUGUAGGCCUGAGAGAUGCCGGUCUCAGCGAAGUACAAACAACCGAGAUAGGUACUUCGGUACCGCUUGCAUCACCGGAUGCAGCCGCUGACUGUGCAUCUUUCAUACUGUGUGCAUUGCUUAGUUUUAAUGUGAGGUGAGCUAUGUUUCGAUAUAAGACGAAACAAUAAGACAAAUCGAACAAGUUGAUGCAAAGAACAUAGCCACCAUAACAAUUUGCAAUUUUAUGUAACAAAACUUAUAACGUUAUUCAUAUUUUCUGGCAUUCUCUCGACGGUUGACCCUAAUUUUGCACAGGGUUAUCAAGAUGUGUAUCUCAUAUAGCCUACUUCUUGAUGUGUGCUUACAUUGUCCAAAAUCACAAGUGUACUUUAUCUUGAAUGUUGUCGCUAUUGUUACCAAGAAGUCUGUACGUUAGUACAAGCAGAAUGUUUCUCUUUGGGUACUUUUCCGUAUAAAAAUAUCAAUACAAAAGACAUAAACGCGUUAUUGAAGAUUUCAAGGAUCGUAUAUUUGAUAAUUAUACUUAUUAACAGUCGGAUCUGUUAAUGGGUGACGUAAAUUAACACUAAUGUCCAACCUGCGGCAGUCCGUCAGUAUGUAACUGUGCGCGCGAGCAGUGCGAACGUGCGCGUGGAGCCGGAAAAGCGCGCGCGGCCGCGAUCAUCCUCGCACAGCCGCGAGCCCAGCUCACGUACACCUACCAAAUACGUACUAAGAGCACCACAACGACAUGACAUUCCAUACAAUGGAACUUUAUCGAGCGUGACGGGUUCCCGUGUUUUUGGCCUACUUUUUAACUAAGCCUGAAAAACAGUUCCUAGUGUUUACAUUGCUCAUCGAAAGAUAGUAACAAUCCAGCGACAUGGAAAACGAUGACUCUUUCACUAUCGUAGAUAUCAACAUAGAUAGUAACAAAGAAAAUGAGAUCGGAGAUAAAGCCAACGACGAUAAUCGCAACUUCAAAUCGCCAUUCCCAACAGUGAUUAAAAUUCAACGGGAGCGAGGCGAACGGGACUACAUCGGGUUCGCGACCCUGCCGGAGCAGGUGCACCGCAAGUCAGUCAAGCGGGGCUUCGACUUCACCCUCAUGGUGGUCGGCGAGUGCGGCCUUGGCAAAUCCACCCUCAUCAACAGCCUCUUCCUUGGAGACCUGUACAAAAAUAGAAAAAAUCCUGAUGUACAAGAUAGAAUAGAAAAGACCACGACAAUAGAAAAGAAAACUAUGGAAAUCGAAGAGCGGGGCGUGAAAUUGAGGCUGACGAUAGUGGACACGCCGGGGUUCGGCGACUCGAUCAACUGCGAGGACUCGUGGCGAGUGUGCUCGGCCUACAUCGACGAACAGUUCAGGCAGUACUUCACAGACGAGAGCGGCCUCAACAGGCGGCACAUGCAGGACAAUAGGGUGCACUGCUGCCUGUACUUUGUACCACCUUGGGCGCAUAGUCUUCGGCAGGUGGACCUGGAGAUGAUGAAGAGGCUCCACCGAAAGGUAAACAUCGUGGUGGUGAUUGCCAAAGCGGACUCGCUCACAGCCGCCGAGGUCAAGAAACUCAAAGCCCGCAUCCUCUCAGACCUCGAAGAGCAUCAGAUACAGGUUUACCAGUUUCCCGAAUGUGACAGCGAUGAGGACGAGGAGUUCAAGCAGCAGGACCGCGAGCUGAAGGCGGCGGCGCCGUUUGCGGUGGUGGCCGCCGACAGCGUGCUGGAGAUCGGCGGCAAACGCGUGCGCGGCCGCCAGUACCCCUGGGGCAUCGUCGACGUGGAGAACCCGCGGCACUCGGACUUCACGAAGCUGCGCACGAUGUUGAUCUCGACGCACAUGCAGGACCUGAAGGACGUCACGCAGGACGUGCACUACGAGAACUUCCGUGCGCAGUGUAUCUCGCAGAUAUCACAGCACGCCAUGAGGGAACGGGGAAAGUUGAAAAGAGAUUCUAUGGGCAAUAAUAACGAACAAGUAGUUAUAACAGACACCGACCGUUUGCUGCUGCAAAAGGAUGAAGAGAUCCGACGCAUGCAGGACAUGUUAACGCAAAUGCAAGAGAAACUCAAAGCUUCCGACAAGAAACACGACAGUAUUAUAGAUGUAUAGGAUAUACUGUAUCGUAUGACUUAGCGUUAUGUAUAAUCCACCUAAGAUAUGUACCUACCUUACAUAAUAAUAAAAUACACUACUAAAACCUC